ACGAUCAUUACUACAUAGUUAGUGGAGAUUCUGCCCAGCCUUCCCCCCUGACACCCCGCAAAUGCAGGUUAACUACUAGGUAACCCUUCAAGGCAGUCAACUGUCCAGUCCUGAUCGCGCGCGCCCGAGAACCGAGCUUUAAAUAUUUCCCACUUAGCACGACAUCCUACACCAUCCUACACCAUCCCAUUAAUAUCGACUUCCUUUAAUCCUCAUUUGCGGGCAAGCAAGCAAGCAAGAUCAAAGGUCAGUCGACCAAGAUGCGACAUCAUGGCACCCCAACUUGAAUAUGGUGCUUGGCGGAGUUGGGGGAGUUGGGGGGGAUAUAAAUCGCUUGGGGAUGUCCUCCUUCCAGAACUCGAUUCCCUCGUUUCCCAAGUUCCAUUCCCACCCCCUAAAGCUAGACCGUCCGAAUUCAUAAGUGCCCUUCGGUUAUCUUGGAUGAAAAUGUGGUCGCAAACCUCCAAGCCGGUCUCGCUAUUUCUGGCCAUCACGGGAAUUGGAUCCGCAGCGGUACUUCCCGACAAGACCCCUCCCUUCUCCGUCAAGGUCCCCGAAAACACGGCCCAAGGCGCUUCUGCGAACAUUGACACCAGCUUUUGCGGCUUCGCGUUCGAGCAGUCUUCUUUCACGCGGUACGCCCAAACCGACGACGGCAAGCCCAACGUAUUCUCGCAGAAUCUCAUCCAGGCCAUAACGUCCCGGACAGGCGGGCACCCCAUCAUCCGCCUCGGCGGCACUUCUCCGGACUACGGGAAAUACCUCCCGGGGCAGAAAGCGCCCGCCCUCCCCGUAGCGGAGCAAGACAACUACCAAGACGUCGGACACACGACGAUCGGGCCCUCGUACUGGGGCUUCACGCGCCACUUCCCGACGGCCAAGUACAUGGUGCAAGUCCCGAUGGCGACCAAGAACCUCAGCGAGACCAUCGCCUGGACGCAGGCCGCCGUGCACGGCAUCGGGAUCGAGAACAUCCACUCGAUCCAGCCGGGCAACGAGCCGAACCUGUACUCGGACACCUACCGCGGCGAGGGCGGGAUCGAGCUGCACCCGCCGGAGUACCAGGGCACGCUGACCAACCAGACGUACGUGGCGGAGUACCAGAAGUACACCGCCGCGAUCCUCGAAGCCGUCAAGGAGCUCCCCAAGGGCCGCUUCUUCACCGCCUUCGACGUCGCGACGCACUACGGGCGCAACGUCCCGCCCGGCCCCCUCCUCGACGUCGAGCGGUGCUUCGCGCUCGGCAUCGACUCAUCCCGCAUCAUCAAGGAAGUCUCGCACCACUACUACCAAGGCAGCGCGGGAGGCGCCUCGGACCUGGCGCGGGGGCUGAUGGACAUGGCGGCGACGCACCGCUACGUCGACGACCUCGCGGCGCGCAGCAUCGCGUGGCUGUCGCGGAGCCGCCCGGGCCUCCCCUUCGUCCUCAACGAGGUCGGCAACUCGCUGCAGCCGCGGAACUCGUACGCGUACCAGAACCGGCUCGGCAGCGCGCUGUGGCAGGCCGACUUCUACCUGCACUGCAUGGCGCGCGGCGUCGCGCGCGUCAACUACCAGCAGAUCAUGCACGCCGGGUACAACCUCUGGCUGCCCGUCGCGAGCGCGGGGCACGCGGCGCAGGUGUUCGCGAACUUCUACUCGCAGCCGUUUGUUGCGGAUUUCAUCGGAGGUUCGGGGAAGACGCGGGUCGCGAGGCUGGAUAUUGGUGGCAGCGGUGGGGAUGAUGAAAAUGUCAAGGGCCCGGCAAAUGUGGCGGCGUACGCGGCGUACGACGACGAUGUGGUGAGGAGGAUCGCGGUCGCGAACUUGAAUUACUGGAACAAGACCAACGCCGACGCGGGGGACAGGCCGAGCGUCGUUCUUGAUAUUAACGUCCCCGCGGGGGUGAAGACCGUCGAGGUGGCGCACUUGAACAGCCCGCUGGGCGCGGGAGGCGGCGCGGAUACGAUUACGUAUGGGGGCAGCCAGUGGACGUUUGAGAGUCUGGGGAAGGAGGUGAAGGGCGUGAGGAAGGAUACCGAGAACCUAGUUGUGAAGGACGGGGUCGUGAGGGUCACGGUCAAGAGUAGCGAGGCGGUGUUGCUGAGGUUGUCGACGGAUAAGGUUAAGUGUAAGCCGUGAUAGAAUAAUGGAUACGCUAGCAUAGGUUAGGAGUUAUGGAAUUAGAAAUAUGGUCAAUAUUUGCUGAGGCUCGGUUUACUUGUGAUAUGUUUACCUUGGCUAUUGAUACGUGCUUCAUCGUGUGUUAUUGGCUUGAGAUGGGAUGAAAUAAUG